AUGGAUCUUUUGAGAAUAUUGGACACGCGGCCCGUGCCGUCCAUUGUCGACGCUACAAUCCUGGGUGUUUCGGGCAACGUUUCCGGGGAUUACUGGCUGCCCACGACGAUGUGCACAUACCAGAGGGAGUUGACUGACCAGAUUGUCUCACUUCAUUACUCAGACAUUUUGCGGUACUUUGAGACAAAGAACUACAAGGAGGACGUUGUGUUAGGAUCCAUGGAGACGAUGUGCCGGAACAAUGAAUUAGUUGCUACGCAUCCGUACCUUCUGAUCGACCACUUCUUGCCCAAAUCUCUCGUCACGAGAGACGUCCCCAGUUAUUUGGCGGAGACGAGCGGGAAAUUCCAAGUGCUCCGGGACCUGGUUGCCCUCGUGCAAGAGUACGAGACGGAUACCGCGGUUGUCUGUAGACCAGGGCGGACCAUGGAUUUGGUUGAGGCGCUGCUGCUCGGGAGCAACGUGAACGUCAAGCGGUACGAUGGCCAGACGAUCAAGUCAAAAUUGAAGAAGCAGAAGAAGUCGUACAGUUGUACGUGCCACAUAUUUCCGUCGAAGUCAUGGGAUCCGGAAACGUUACCAAUCACCAAGGGCACCCGACAGUUUGAUAUGUUAAUUGCUGUGGAUUCUAGUGUUGACCCGGAUACACCGGAGAUGCAGGUGGUUCUGACCCACGCAAGAAGCAACAGGGGCCGCCGAACGCGGGCCCCUGUCGUAAGACUGGUCGCUAUAAACUCCAUUGACCAUUGCGCUUUGUACUUUGGUAAGUUGUAUGAGAAAAACUCGAGGGAGUACUUAGAGAACGUCACCGCUGCCGUAGUCGUUUUGAGAGACCGGGUCGGGGCCUUACCGCCUGAUUUGAGGCCAAUCUACUAUCAGCACUUGAACUAUCUGCUGGAAUGGCUAGAAAACCCGUUAAUACCGUGGCCACUGCCAGACGUCUUCCCGAUCCAAAAGUAUAACUCCAUGGACGUGGAAAGGUCGUUGCUAAGUGAAGUCAAGUUCAGUAGCAAGCGAGCGAGUAUUGGGAACGCUAACUUUGGCGAGUCUGAUGAUAAUGAUGGUGGAGCGACAAAUUCUAGGAAGAGGCGGCGUUUCAGAAGCCCCAACGAAAAGACGGACGCCUUGAAUACGGAGGACAAUGCAUCUGCACCCUCCUUCUACGAAACGAAGCGACUCAAGAACGACUAUUCCAAGAAUCCCACUAAGCAGGGCAUGGGCCAACUCACGGGCAUAAUAAGCAGCGAUCAGAAAAUGGAAUCUGACUAUCAUUUGUCCAGCAAUAUACUGACGCAUAAGCUGAUCCAAAAUAUGGGUCAACUGUACGUGGACAUCCUGAGACAAAUUAAAGAUAUCCAGAUGUACUUUGAAAUGGAUUCUAUUGAGGAAGGUCAUAUAACCUUUUAUCAGGAAGAAGACCAGAAAAUAUCGCACAAGCUCGAUGAUGCGAAAGCUGUCGUCGCGGAUAACGUGAAAAAGAGCGAUGUAUUGGAACAGGAGAAUAAGCUGUAUUACACAGAGACUGAAAACUUGGAGGUUGAGUUUGCAUCGCUUCUGGAGUCAUUGAAGGCUCGAACUCCAGAAUUGAAGGAGUGUACCGAUCUUUUCGAGAAAUCUAAUAGCUUAAACGAAGAGAUUGAACGGGAACAACGCAUAUCGGAGUCCAAAACGUUGGAGAACGAGUACAUGGAGAGGGAAAUAAAGAGAGCAGAUGAAGCUAUGCAAAGUGCUGGUGAAGAGCUGGUUAAAGUCAAGGAGUCGAUAACUAGCAUCGAAUUGGAGAUUGAGGCGAGUUCAAACAAGUUUAUUGCAAAACAAGAGGACGUGAAAGCCGGCAUGGCACGCCUGAACCAUCAAAUAGAGGAUCGCAAAGAAACAAAUACCCAGUUCAAGAAGAACUUGGAGGAUCUGACCCAAAAGCUACAGAAGGUCCCGAUAUCUAGGGCAAGGUCAUCCAACCAACUAGCCUCUUCGGCGACGAUGACGGCAACGUCAUCGUCAUCGAACUCCACGUCCAACAUAUCUUCUAAUCGGAAAAUAAAGAAUCCAGCAUAA